AUGGCAGCUUUUGCUGUUUUGAUCUGGCUUCUUCCAGCUGCGCUUGCUCAGCAACAGGCCGGCGGAGAUUAUCAAAGGUAUUUGGACCAGUACGCCGGUGAUUAUGAGAAGUACAUCGGCAGCGGUGGAUCUGCAGGCGGAUCUGGAUUUACAAAAUACUAUCAAAAGUACAUGCAGCAGUAUGGGGACUACACCAAGUACAUGAAUGGAGGGCAUUCGGGGGAUGGAUACGAGUCGUUCCUUGGCCAGUAUGCAGGGAAGUUCAUGUCCGGAGAUAAGGCCGCAAGCAAGGCAGAGACAGAAGAAGCUCGGAAGCCUUCGACCCCCGUGGCCUUGGCAAGCUCCGAUCGGGGGAGUGGCCAGAAACCUUCCUACAUGGACUUUCAGAGAUAUCUUCAGGGCCAGGGGGCAGCAAGCAGACCCAGCGACUUCUCGCAUUACAUGAAUCAGUAUGCGGCAGACUACCAAAAGAAUCGUGCCCAGGGCGCUCAAGCUGGAGACUUUUCAAAGUUCAUGAAUCAGUAUGCUGGCUACCAGCAUUACAUGCAGAGCCAGGCCCCAGGCGGAAGCCCGGGAUCUCAAGGCGGAGGCGAUUCUCAGCAGUUCAUGGAUUUCACGAAGUAUAUGCACGGGGGAACGGCUCCGCAAGGUGGUGCAUCUUUCUCCAAGUACAUGGACGGAUAUGCAGACUUCCAGAAGUACAUGCAAGGGCAAGGGUCCUCCGGAGAUGAUUUCUCGAAGUACUACCAGCAGUACAUGCAGCAACGGGGUUCGCAAGGUGGUGGUGGGUACCAGAAGUACAUGGAUUUCCAGAAGUACAGUGACCAAGGAGGUGAUUUCUCCAAGUUCAUGGCCGAGUCGGGUGAUUAUUCCAAGUACGCAGGGCAGGGUUCCAAAGCACAAGGCUCGCAAGGAGGCUUCUCCAAGUACAUGAAAGAUUAUGCGGAUUAUCAGAAGUAUAUGCAAGGCCAAGGCGGCUCGGGAGGAGACUACAUGUCCCAAUAUGUGCAGAGCCAAGGCCUAGGAGGCCAAGAUUAUUCCAAGUUCAUGGAUCAGUAUGCAAAUGCUUACAUGGGGCAGAGCUCAGUUGGCACUGGCGAUUUCAAGAAAUAUAUGGACUAUCAGCAAUAUAUGCACGGUCAAUCUUCGCACACUCCAGAUUUUUCGAGGUACACGUCUAAGUUUGCCUCCGACAAGGAAGGGCACAGCGGCCGCGCGGGCCGCGGGGAGCAUGGCAGUCCAGCGGCCCAGCAGAAGUCAGCUUCCGACAGCGCCAACGACACAUCGCCGGUCGUGUUCGCAGGCACUCAGCCGGAUCUCAACAGCUUCAUGGGAAAUCAUGCAGACUACCAGCAGUACUUAACCACUCAUGGCCAGGGCGCUCCGCAGGGCUUCCAAGCCUUCAUGGGAAAUUACACAGAUUCCUUUCACAAGUACAUGCACGCCAGGGGAAGCCAAGCAGCUGGGGACUUUGGCAAGUACUUCAGUGAUUACCAGAAUUAUGAACAGAACAAAGGCAAGCAGGAGGCUGCUGGCUUCCAGCACUACAUGAAAGGCUAUGCCGAUGACUACUCCAAGUAUGUGCAAGAACGCGGUGAUUCAGCUGCGGAUGCCAAAGGCAAGUCGGGAAACUUCCAGAAGUACAUCGCCCAGUAUGCGGGCAAUUACCAGAAGUACAUGCAGGACCAGCCGUCUGCAUCUGCGCCAAGUGCGCCAACUCUUUUUGCCACCUCAGAUGCGUCUGCCGCAGAGUCGGUGCCCAAGCAAAUGCAAGAGCAGCAGGAGAAUGAGAAGUUGCAGAAGGAGCAGCAGGCUCUUCAUGCGGAGCUGCAAGCGGAGAAGGAGCGCCUCAGCAGCGAGCUGAAAAAGGAACGUGAGCAGCGUCAGGAGGAGAAGGAGCACCUUCAGGCAGAGCUCCAGGCGGAACAGAAGCAGCGGAGCCAGGCUGCUCAGCCUCAGCCUGCUCAGCCUGCUGCCUUGGCAGAGACGGCGCGCAGCUUUGGCUCCAAGCUCAUGUCAGCUUCGCCCCUGCUUGCGGGUCUGUUGGCGGUAGCUGGCGUGUGCGGCCUGCUCCGAAGAAGAACGCUACGCAGACGGGCAGCCGACGACGACUAUUUGAUGCAACUGGAUCCUCCACUGGCAGCGGUUUGA